GUAGAAUAAAGGAAACAUACAGGUGAGAUUUCUUUGUUUUUUUAGUGAAAUCCACCCUUCUACUGUCUAAAACUAAAGAAAGGUUCUGGGAGUGAUUAGAAACUAUUUUAGCCUUUCGUUUUUAGCCUUUGAGCUCCAUUCAUUCCCAUUCAUUGAGAACUCGCUAGCGGGGGCCCUCUGCUGUUUGAGCAGGCCUGUGUUUGAUAUAACGGGUGGAAUAUGAAGAGGCCAGGCUCUCAUGGGACUACGAGGAUACACUCAUGAUUUCAUCAGCCGGGUUGUUCAAGUUAGGACUGUCUUCUCCUCGCUGCUGUAGUUAAACCUCUACAUUCUGCAUCUGUGUCUAAAGAAGAAAAAUGUGUGGUAUAUGGGCCUUAUUUGGGAGCGAUGAGUGUCUGUCGGUUCAGUGCACCAAUGCUAUGAAGAUUGCGCAUCGGGGUCCGGACGCUUUCCGCUUUGAGAACGUCAAUGGUUUCACCAGCUGCUGCUUCGGUUUCCACCGUUUGGCCGUUGUGGACCAGCUGUAUGGCAUGCAGCCCCUGCGAGUGACGAAGUUCCCUUACCUCUGGCUCUGCUACAACGGCGAGAUCUACAACCACAAACGGCUGAGGGAUGCUUUUAAGUUUGACCACCAAACCAAUAUGGAUGGAGAGAUCCUGCUUCAUCUGUACGAUUCCUUCGGCAUUGAGAAGAUGGCCACCCUGCUGGAUGGUGUGUUUGCCUUCAUCCUGCUGGACACAGCUAAUAGGAAAGUUUUCCUAGGGAGGGAUACAUACGGCGUGAGGCCCAUGUUCAAGCUGCUGACUGAUAACAGCUUCCUCGCUGUCUGCUCAGAGGCCAAAGGUCUAACACAGAUCACACACUCCAUGUCUGAACCGGUGAAGAUCACCCCGUUCCCGCCUGGCCACUUCGAGGUGUUUGACCUGAAGCUGUCUGGAAAGGUGGUGUCCAUCAAGCUGGACCGUUUCCAUAGCUGCACAGACCAGCCCCAACAUGCCCUUUAUGACAACGCUGGGAAGCUCGGAAAAGGUUUUGCUCUGGAGACAGUGAAGGCCAACAUCAGGAUCCUGUUUGAAAACGCAGUGAGGAAACGUCUGAUGGCUCACAGGAGAAUCGGAUGCCUCCUCUCAGGUGGGCUUGACUCUAGCCUGGUCGCGGCCACGCUUGUCAAGCUGGCCAAGGAAACUGAGUUGCAGUAUCCCGUUCAGACGUUUUCGAUCGGGGCAGAAGACAGUCCGGAUGCUAUCGCUGCACGCAAGGUAGCAGCCCACAUAGGCAGCGAACACUACGAAGUGAAUUUCACCCCAGAGGAGGGCAUCAAGGCUGUGGAGGAGGUCAUCGUUCACCUGGAGAGUUACGACAUCACCACAGUGCGCGCUUCUGUUGGCAUGUACCUGGUAUCCAAGUUUAUUCGUGAGAAGACGGACAGUGUGGUGAUCUUCUCUGGUGAAGGGUCUGAUGAACUCACACAGGGCUACAUCUACUUCCAUAAGGCUCCGUCACCGAAGGCCGCUGCGGAGGACAGUGUGCGUCUGAUGAAGGAGUUGUACAUGUUCGAUGUGCUGAGAGCAGACAGGACAACAGCGGCUCACGGAUUGGAGCUGAGAGUGCCUUUCCUGGACCACAGGUUCACUGCCUACUAUCUCUCCCUGCCUGAAGAGAUGAGGGUGCCCAAGGACGGUGUGGAGAAGUAUCUGCUGAGAGAAUCGUUCAAGGGCCUGAAUCUGAUUCCAGAUGAGAUACUGUGGAGACGUAAAGAGGCUUUCAGUGACGGUAUGACGUCCACAAAGAAGUCCUGGUAUGCGAUCCUGCAGGACCACAUCGAGUCUGAGAUUAACGACUCUCAGUUGGAGAAAGCGGCCAAGUUGUACCCUCAUAACACCCCCACUACCAAGGAAGGCUUCUAUUUCCGGCAGGUGUUUGAGAAGCAUUACCCCGGCCGCUCUAAAUGGAUCUCCCAUUACUGGAUGCCCCGCUGGAUCAAAGCUACUGACCCUUCUGCAAGAACCCUUUCCAUCUACAAGCCGGACAAGGACGAGUAAUCGGGCAUAUACCAUGAACAGAGCUGGCCUACACACUAAGUACGGAUGUACUUUACAUUUUUUUUUAAUGUAAUUGCACUAUUCUUGUUCAUCACAUCAUCGAAACCAUUUUAAUUUAAUUUUAAUUUUUAAAUUUAAUUUCUGCAGUUUUCCUCUCUAAAAGUAUUGGAACUGAAAUUGUUACUUUUACUGGCAUUCUUUGCAAUUAGUUAGCAGGAGAAGAAAAAUCUAUUUAUUGGUCUAGAAAUGAAUCAAAUACUGUUGUCAGCUUUACAUGUUAAUCUGUAAUAGCAUAUGAUCAAAAAGGGGUGCAUGAUUUAUCCAUAAACGUCACAGCUAAUAUCAUAAUCAAUUUCUAGUGUAUUUACAUAAAAGAGGUCAAAGUAGUUCAUGAGUUAAUCAGUACUGACUCAUUGGAAAGCCAUGGUGUUUGAUAGGCUGCUCAGUCUUGGUUAGUUCCGUUAUCUUGCUUUCUCUCCAUGUUAACAUGGCCAUUUUCUCAAACGCUGCUCACUAAUCUUAACUAAAUACGGUGGCAUUUCAUCCCCCUGAUUGAAUUAUGUGAACCAGUGUGGAGUCUGAGUUAGUUUUCCAAAAGGCUGCUCCUAAAACGGCUUAGUCAGCUUUAGACUGCUGGGCAGUUUUGCAUAUCAGUUCUUCAGCUGAAGCCACUCAGUUCAGGGGAUCAUUAUUCCCUCCAGCACUGUGGGCUGCUAUGAUAAGACUAACGUUUCCCCUGAUUCAAAUCUUAGACUGUACAGCAGGCAGUCUCUUCAGCUGUCCUGCUCAAAAGUCAGCUGGCAGUACUAGUCAUACUACAUGCUUGGCCCUUUUUAGCCACUGGAUGGUACUAUUGCUGCAUUUAGAAAGUGAUGUUUCAAUGAUUUGUCUUCUUUGUCUCCGGGCAUAUAAUCUUAAGAAAGUGGGAAGCCUCUGUGCCUUCUAGUAAUUUUUAAGGACUAAAAAUACUUCUGUAAUUUUCAUUGCAUAAGGAGGAGAAAUUCAAAGGAAAAUGCUUAGAAAAAAAAGGAGUUUUCAAAACUAGGAUUCAAAAAAAAAGAGAAAAUUGUGCUUCUAACAACUACCUGGAAGACCUGGUAGACACCGAAACUGUCCCCAUCAGAUAAACAGCACUUAAAGCUUUCAUCUUUGAGUGAUAGGAAAAUAAUAAAGCUUUACCUCAGAGUCUGGACCUCAGCAUCACUGAAUGUGUUUGGGAUUAUUUGGAUGGUAAGAAUCAGAAAAUGCAACAAACUUCUAAAACUGAAUGCUGGAGAUGUGGGAAAAUAAAACUCUCCCAUGUAUUACUUCUUUAAUUCUCUGCUUGAUAUAAUUUAUUGGAUUGAAAAUAACCUUUUGAGGAUGUUGUAAGAUGUGCAGUGGAUUUGGAGGUCAGAACAAUUCAUGGUUGGGAAUAAAGCUUUUUUCUGUGCUUGA